AUGGGCGAUACGAAUGGACAAGUAGUAGCUGGUGGUCAUGGUCAAGGAAAUCGAUUGGAUCAAUUGUAUUAUCCAAGCGAUGUAUUGAUUGACAAAGAGACGGAUAGUCUCAUUAUUUGUGAUCAACGAAAUCGACGAGUCGUACGAUGGUCUCGUCGUAGUGGUACAACUCAAGGAGAAAUCCUCAUCGACAAUAUCAGUUGUUGUGGAUUGGCCAUGGAUGAUCAGAGAUGUCUCUACAUCUCUGACAUUGAAAAACAUGAAGUAAAACGAUAUCAAAUAGGAGACAAGAAUGGAACUCUUGUGGCUGGUGGCAAUGGUAAAGGUGCUGGUCUCAAUCAACUCAACUAUCCGACCUACAUCUUUGUCGAUCAACAACAGACUGUCUACGUGCCAGAGCAAAACAAUCAGCGUGUAAUGAAAUGGAAUAAAGGUGCAAAAGAAGGAAUUGUUGUCGCUGGAGGUGAAGGCAAAGGGAAUGUUCUGACACAAUUGUCGAAUCCUUACGGACUACCUAUUCAACGUUUACUUAAAUCUAUAUCAACAGCAUAUAUUGAUUAUCAAUUAUUAAUUAAUUCAGUGGAUUAA